UGCUUCUCCGCGUGGUGAUAGUGUUUUGUAUUCCGCGUGAUUAGAGCUCCUCGGAACGCGAGCGACGAGGCAUGGAGGAAUUUUUCCAGUGUUGAAUCUGAUAUUCCUUUCAUCUCUGGAAAUUUAGAGCUCACAAGCAAGUGCCAAAAUGGGAGAAGUGGAUCCGAUGUCGAUCUGCAGCGCGGUGACGAAUCUUUCCUUCACUACAAUGUCUUCAGAGGAAAUUCUGAGGCAAAGUGUUAUGGAAAUCACGAAUGUUCAGACUUUUGACCUCAUUGGACACCCCACUAGAGGGGGACUGUACGAUUCCCGGAUGGGUGCUCUUGAAAGAGACGAGGUCUGUGAUACUUGCUCAUUGUCUCAACUGCACUGCCCUGGUCAUCUCGGUCACGUUACUUUACCCCUUCCCGCUUUCAACCCGAUAUACUUCAGAGACCUGCACAAACUCCUUCGAGGCAGUUGUCUCUCAUGCCACAGAUUGCUGUCACCACCAGCGGCAAGUCAGCUCAUAUUGGCGCAAAUGCAGGUGCUCGACUACGGUCUCGUGGGGAUCGCUGGGGAAAUCGAAGAGGUGGCCACCGAAGUCAUCAAUUGUAUGACCGCACAAAAAUGUGACCAGAACGAUAUCGGUAGUGAAGUGAGACGGAAAAUUCAGAAAUAUCUCGAAAACAAACAGCUGACCGGCGAUGAUCCGCGUCACGCGGCGGACGUCAAGAACGUGGUUGAAAUGAAGCACACGCUCGUCAAGAACUUCGUACAGAAACAUCUGAUGAGGGCUCGGAAGAAGUGCUCGUUUUGUGGAGACACAAAGACAAACAUCCAAGUGCAGGAGGUGGCUCGAUUCAUUUUCAGUUCGAGUAAAACAGCCUCCAAGCCGAGCUCGACGAGCAACGUAGAAAAGAUUUUGCGCAAAUCUCUAUACAACGAAGAGCCGGACGACUGCGAAGAUGAUACGCUCGUCCUCAAUGAGGAAGACGAGAGGAAGUUCCUCAAAGCGGAAUAUGUGGAAGGUGGUUCGCAGACUUUUCUCACCGCAGUGCAGGCUAGGAAACACCUGCGAGAGCUUUGGUUGAAAGAACAUACGGUCCUGGGGUAUUUGUUCGGCGCCAUGCGAGAGGCACAGGCUCGAGGAAUCGAACACCCCACCGAUUUGUUUUUCAUCGAAGUUCUUGCGAUAAGUCCGCCGAAGUUCCGUCCGUGCAAUUUCAUGAAUGGUAGGAAGUACGAGCACCAGUUAACCACGUGCCUCAACCGAGUGGUUCGGACAGCUCAUGACCUGCAGGACAUCCUGGUCGUUAUGAAAGCGAAUGAGUCCGACGGGCCUAAAGAACAGAAAAUGGAAAUUCUCAAGAUGAACGUCAGCACACUCGAACCGGCAGGAGCGGAUCUCACCAUCAAGCUCCACCAUCACUGGAAACUACUUCAAGUCCGAAUAAACGUUCUCUAUGACAGCGAUCUCGAUAGGAACUCCAAAGAGAAAACAGGUGUCAAACAAAUUUUAGAAAAGAAGGCCGGACUCCUUCGUAAACACAUGAUGGGUAAACGGGUGAAUUACGCUGCGCGAUCGGUCAUCUCACCCGAUCCAUACAUUAAUGUGGACGAAAUCGGCAUUCCAAUGGUCUUCGCCACGAAACUCUCCUACCCCACACCGGUGACGCCGAGGAACGUUGACCAGCUCCGCAGGGCCGUCAUAAAUGGGCCCGACCAGUAUCCAGGCGCUCUGUCCGUCGAAUUCGAAGACGGUAGGAAAAUUCGUCUCGACGUCGCUUCGCUUACUAAACGCGAGGGAAUCGCCAAAACUCUCCUCACACCGAAUCCGGACGGCUCGUUGAAGAACGCCACGAAAAUCGUCCAUCGUCACCUACAAUCUGGAGACGCUCUGCUCCUCAAUCGUCAACCGACUCUUCACAAACCGUCGAUCAUGGCGCACAGGGCGCGUGUGCUCCGAGACGAGAAAACUCUUCGUCUGCAUUACGCGAACUGCAAGAGUUACAACGCUGAUUUCGACGGUGACGAAAUGAACGCUCAUCUGCCACAGAGUGAAUUAGCCAGAUCCGAAGCGUACAAUAUCGCUAGCGUCAACUAUCAAUAUCUCGUCCCCAAGGACGGGACUCCCCUUUCGGGUCUGAUCCAGGAUCAUGUGAUCGGAGGAACGAUCCUCACCAUGCGGGACAAGUUUUUCAAUCGGGAAGACUAUCAGAAAUUGGUUUUCGGUGCUCUAACCUUCAUCGAACGGAAGAUCCUGACGUUGCCUCCAGCGAUCCGGAAACCGGUCGCGCUCUGGACGGGGAAACAAAUCGUGUCGACCAUCAUCCUCAAUUGCGUUCCACCCGCGGUUCCCCCGCCGACCGUUUACGGCAAGACCAAGGUCCCGGCCAAAGCGUGGCCGAGAACGGACACGAUUCUCGAUCCCCACCUCGCGGAAGAUUUGGUUGUCAUACGUGACGGUGAACUGCUGUGCGGAGUUCUAGACAAGGCCCACUACGGGCCGAGCCAAUAUGGAUUGGUGCACGUUUGCUACGAGCUGUACGGUGGCGAAACGUCUUCUCUGGUUCUCAGUGGCUUCGCUCGACUGUAUACCCAUUACCUGCAGAUGUACCACGGGUUCACCCUCGGUAUCAAGGACAUCCUCGUCACACCGGAUGCGAACCGUAAAAGGAGGAAGAUCAUGCGACGUAGGCGACUUGGAGGAGAUAAAGUCGCUCUAGAGGCUCUGAACGCCGAAAACGAUGAGCUCUCACCGGAGGAAGUCAAGUCGAAGCUGAGAGCGGGACAUCUGAACCGCGAGGACAAGUUCCUCAAGGUUUGGGAUGCCUCGAUGAAAAAGCUGACCGACAGUAUCAACAAUGAUAUCAACAAAGCUUGCAUGCCCGACGGUCUGCAGGUGGGAUUCCCGCAGAACAAUCUGCAACUGAUGGUUCAGUCGGGAGCCAAGGGUGGGAUGGUCAACUGCAUGCAGAUCUCGUGUCUUUUGGGACAAAUCGAACUCGAAGGUCGGAGAGUGCCGUUGAACGCAGCCGGUCGCUCCCUGCCGUCCUUCAAACCGUAUGAUACUUCUCCGCGUGCCGGUGGAUUCAUCGACGGUCGUUUCUUGACCGGAAUACGUCCGCAGGAAUUCUUCUUCCAUUGUAUGGCCGGUCGUGAAGGAUUGGUCGAUACCGCCGUCAAAACCAGUAGAUCCGGAUACCUCCAGAGGUGUCUGAUCAAGCAUCUCGAGGGACUGAUGGUGAACUACGAUCAAACAGUCAGAGACUCGGAUGGUUCUGUGAUCCAGUUUCAAUACGGCGAAGACGGUUUGGACAUCCUGAAACUGCAGAUGCUCAAGAGGAAACAGUUCCCAGCGCUGAUACGAAACGCGCCCGCCCUGAUCGAUACGGAUCAUAUUGAACAGACACGCUCGGUCACCGAUAAUGAGGCUUUACAGAAGAUCACCCACAAGGUGGCAAGAUACCAACGGAAGAUCGCCAAAGGCCGUCGACGUGAGAGCCCCUUCACGGUAUUUUCCAUCCAGAACGAAGCCGAGUUCAAAGCGACCUACCCGGACAACGAUCCCACCACGGGUCAACCCAUGUACAGGUCCCAUUUGAUCCGGGCCUACUACGCGCUGAACGAGAAAGACCGCAAGCAGCUCCGGAAGCAGGUCGUCGCUCCUAUGGAUCCGCUCACGAGUAUUCUCCGACCGGAUCUUCACCUCGGUUCCCUCGGAGAGAAAUUGCACGACGAUAUCGAGGACUACAUUGCAGUCAAUCCCGAUAGGUUACUGUUGACGGAUAACUUCAACAAGCACGAAGUCAAAGUGCUCGAGCCUUCUGAUUUUCGGGAUAUGUUGUACUCGAUCUAUCAGAAAGCUCUGACUUGUGCCGGUGAGCCCGUUGGCUUGCUCGCCGCCCAGAGUAUCGGAGAACCUUCGACGCAGAUGACAUUGAAUACUUUCCAUUUCGCCGGAAGAGGCGAAAUGAACGUCACGCUGGGAAUUCCUCGACUUCGUGAAAUCCUAAUGGUGGCGUCGAAGAACAUCUCGACCCCGUCUAUGAAUUUGCAUCUGAAAAAAGCCGCUUCGGUCGAGCCUCGCGCAGAAAAGCUCCGUGUUGGAAUCUCUCAGGUUUCCCUUCAGCAGGUUCUGGAAUCGGUUACCGUCACCGAACGUUUGGAGAUUUCGGUUCCAGGACGGAACUUCAGAGUAUAUCAGAUUCGCUUCGAUUUCCUCCCUUUCAAAGCCUAUAAGAAGUCGCUGUACACGAAUCCAUCGAAAAUCCUGCGAUAUAUGGAAACGAAAUUCGUGAUGAAAUUAAUCGACGCUCUACGGAAAAAACUGGUGCUAGUCAAGAGCGCGCGGAUGGUUGACGUCGGAUCGCGGGUCUCCAGAGCCGCUGCCAACGACGACGACGAUCGAGAGCAGGUAGGUCACGAGAGACUCAACGAUGAGAGAGGAUCUAGACUCAAUUUCAAUGAGGACGACGAUGGAGAUUCAUCCGGUGAUGACGAAGGUGCCGAAGGAGAAACCAAUAUUGAGUUCCAACGAGAGAAGCACGACGACGACAAGGACUACGAUGAGCCCGAAAUGGAGGAAUAUCAAAAAUCAUCCGACGAAGAUGAGGGAAUCGACGAGGAGGAAUUCGCUCCGACUCUCGAGGAGCUUCGACCCAAAGAUCCCCAGACAUCCGAGUCGGAAGCCAACAAUUCGCGCAGCGAACACCUGGUCAUGAGGAUCAAGAACAAGAAGCUGAAAGCUCAGAAGAAGCUCCGAGCGAAUAAUGUCAUCAACUAUCACACGUGGGUGACUGGCUAUGACUUCGAUACGGAGAGAGAGGAAUGGUGUGAGGUGACCUUUCAGUUGGAAAUGCAAAAUUCCAAGUUUGAUAUGAGCAGUCUAGUCGAGGAGGAAAUUAAAAAUUCGCUGCUGCACUCCGUCAAAGGAAUUUCGAGAGCCUUCCUCGUCAAGGACAACGACGACAGGUCGGGCUGUGGGAAAAUGCUGCAGACCGAGGGGGUGAACUUCCAGGAGAUGUUCAAGUACGACGAUAUCAUCGAUAUGCGACGGAUCUACUCGAACGACAUCUAUGCGAUUUCGCAAGUUUUCGGCAUCGAAGCUGCGACUCGAGCCAUCGUCAAGGAAGUGACCUCCGUGUUCGGAGUGUACGGAAUCGAAGUGGACCCUCGCCAUCUGAGUUUGGUUGCCGACUACAUGACGUUCGAUGGCCAAUAUCGGGCUUUCAACAGGAUCCAUAUGGGCAACAACGCUUCACCGUUGCAGCAGAUGAGUUUCGAGACUACGUGCUCGUUCAUGAAAAACGCAGCGCUGCUCGGUUUCUCCGACCGUCUCACAUCCCCAUCAUCGAGUCUCGUGAUGGGCCAGCUCGUUGGAGUGGGAACCGGCAUCUGUGAGAUGUUAGGGAACAUUCCGCAUAGAGGUAACAAUAAAUUCGGACUGUAG